ACCGCCUCCUUCGCCGCCCGGUAAAUUUAGCCUGUAGAUUUCAUUGACCUAAAUCCUUCAUUUCAAUGGGGUUUCAUAGACUCCGAAGCUAAAGCUAAACCUGUAUCCCCAAAAUAGUCAGACUUAUAAUUAAUAGACCUCUACCUUCACACAUGGCUGAGCCACCAAACGAACACCACAUCAAGCGCUUCAAGUUCCUCUGGCGAGUCCUCAUGAUCUCCAAUCUUGCUCUCGGAGGUUACAUGUUUAUUGGGGCUAAGAAGAGAGACACGAGAUCUGUGAAUAAGAAGAAAGCUAAGGUUAUAAGCAUAAAAAAGCCGAAAGCUGUAGUUGAAGAAGUGCCCUCUUCUCCUCCAGCUCCUUCUCCCACGACUGCUACAACUUCUGAGACAUGGGAUUUGUGAGGGGGCAUCUCCAUAUCCCUGAAGACUAGCAACACGAAUUUUCAAGUGGAAACUGGAGAGUUUACCUUAGUAAAAUAUUAAGGAUCUUGGAGAGAAGAAACGAUGGAAGAAAAUAUCAAGCUAUAAUCAUUUUUUCCUGUGCAGAACCUACACCGACUUUUUACUUGAUGUUUCUCUUUACUAUUCUACACAGAGAUGUCGUUUAAAAGUACAAAUCAUAGAACUAAGAUUUUUUUUUCUGGGAGAUGGAUAGUGACUAGGUUAAUCUUCAGUGUCCUUGUAGUUUGUUAGUUUUGACUUCAGGAAAUAUUUGCAGCAGACCAACAUGUGGAUUAAAGCCUUGUUUUAAUUCCUUUACACAAAAUCUUAUGUUCUUUUUGUGUAAUGAUUGCAUAGCAUGGAAUGAGGAAUUGGAGUUGAAAAUCACAGAUUCUGGCAUCAGCUCCUUUGUGACCAUCUUCAAACUUUACUGUUGUCACAGAGAUCUAUUUAGUGUGAUCAGCAUAGUCACUUUUUUUCAGUUCUUACUCAAAUGAAUAACUCACCUCACAAAUCACAUACUAGUUGUUAGUUGGGACAAGAAAUUUGAAGGCAGUUAGAGCCCAGACAGGAUAAACUUUUUGUCAUUUUGCCCUUUGAGCAGCUUGAGUUGGAGAAUUUAAUAGAAGACCCUACCUCUGUAGCGGUCGUACUCCCUCCUGCAACUACAUCCACAAUUUGCAUCCAAUCCCAUCUCCCUCUUGUAGACUUGAACCAUUCAUCCGAUAUUACAAGUUUGCAGACUGACCCUGCUAGUUUCAAACGGUAAACUUCCAUUGCAAAUAUUGCCUGCAAUGCCAGGAAGCGUCUUAGUUUCAGUUCUUGAAUUCAUGGACCUUCCAUCUUCAUCAUCAUCUUCUUCAAUAUCAAUAAAGGUUUCUUUGGGGCCAAGAUCAGAGUACCAAAUUUGGGAGAGUAGAGACUUGUCCUUCCCAUUGACGACUCUUCGGGACAACAUGCUUAUUAUUCUUCAAGAUUCUGAAGGGAAUCAGAUAUUAGAAACAGGUAUUGAGACCAGGUCCAUAGUUGAAAAGGGUCUUUGGGAUGACUUCUUCCCCCUCAAAGGAGGUGGGUUUUUGCAUAUGAAGUUACAAUUUGUACUCAGUGAAGAAGAACGCAAUCAAAUCCGUAUGAUGCGAGAAUCUGCAGUAAAAAAGAAGCAUGGAGAGUUCAUUCAUAGCAGUUCGACUAGUGUGCAAAGUACUCCUAGUGCCAGGACCAGUGUUGUAUCAACUUUGAGUCUACGCAAUGUGAUCUCAGAUAGGAGUGAGGAGACUUCACCAGCCAUAACUGUGCAACAAAGUGUUAAUAUGUUUCCAACAGAAUUAAGUCGUGGGGGUUUAGUUGAUAACAUCGAUGCCCAACCACGUCCUGCUAACAUUUCUGCCAAAGCCAUAUGUCCUGAUGAACCUGUUAGGUUAUUAAGAGGCUCACAAUCAGUUGUUGGUACAACAACUCUUCCAAAGCUUCAGGAAGAGAAUCAUUGCGAACCUGAAAAGCAGCAGAGCCCACUGAAGAGAUCUCGUAGCGUAAAGAACAUGAUAAGUGCAUUCGAAACUGGUUUAACUGAGGAUAAGAAGCCUCACAUCAAACCAGCGCCAAUGAAAGUUCAAUCAAACAAAAAUAUAAAAGGUCAUCUUCUGAAAGAGCAGCACUUGAAAGAAUACAAGAAAGUCAGUACAAAAACUCCAGAGUCAAUAUCAAAACGGGUGGUGAAUUCUUUACCUCCAGGGCAGUUGCAACGUGAUACAACAUAUGGUGAAAGCAGUGAGCAAAAUACUUCACUUGGAGCUUUAGGUGGGACUAAGUCAUCACUUGACACAGGUUUAAAAAGUAGAUUUAAACCAUUACAUCAAGAAGUAUUCAUUAAUGAGGGUAAGCUCCUCACAGAUUUCAGUGCAACAUCAUCGGAAGCAGUUAAAAGUACAGAGAGGGUGCUUGAUGAUCAUGGGCAUCAGCCAACUAAGAUGCUCCAUGGAAAAAGAGUUUCAGGUGGCAGUCCAGUUAUAGUGGAGAGUCAUCAGCCAGAAAUCUCUUUCGGAAGUUCUCAAAAGUCCAACAUUCCAGAAGUUGCAGCCCAAAUAUGUACGCCAUUAGCAAACUGUGAAGAUAGGCACAAUUCUUUCCAGGGCUCUGGUGGAUGGAUGUUCCCAGAUGAAGCACUACGAUUUUGUAUAACAACGAAUUGUAAAAAGGUGAUGGAGUUUCUAGGCAGUUGCAAUAUGAUGAAGCCAGAUAUGCAUCAAGAUAGGAAGAGCUUAUCUCCUCCAAAAAAAGCAGAAGACCAGCAGGAUAACCUGGAUAGUGAAUACAGUAAUCAAGUGAACAGGACUGAUAAGAAUCACAGACCAAAAGAAGUACACAAGGUUAAAAAAUCAGAAGAAACAGAAACUUCUGGGGUGGCAGUUGGACAGGCACUAAAAGUUGGAAUAAUGGUUGGAUUUGGAACACUUGUGCUCCUCACUAGACAAGGAAAAAAUAGGUAAGCGCUGAAUGACCACUCUAUAUGUUGCAGAUGAAAUUAUGCUGUGGAUACUCGUUGGUUAAUGCCAUAUUCAGAUGAAAAAUUCUUUGUUAUUA